AUGCACAAAGGUGGGCAACCGGUGGCCUUUGAAGUCCCUGCCAACGAGAGCAUAGUGAAGAAACAUCCGCCGAAACGUUUGGCGAAGUUGGAAGACAUUCAGCAGAACGUGAGCAUCACGCAUGAAACGAUUGAGGAGAAGCAAGCGGAGGCGGAACGGCGCAGAAAAGAGAUCUUGAACAACCGCGUUCAGAGUGCCAAGCGACGGACUUCACAGCAAAGCGCUCGAUCACGAUCCAGAUCUCGACCUGCAACGGCUGGGUCCGCUGGAGGAUCAGACAUAAGUGGCGGAGGAGGAAGCGAUCACGAAUAGCAAGAUUUCAUCCCGACCGCCGAUCCCAAAAAAAUCAGCCGGAAGAUUCAUUUCUGCGCAUUUUAAUCCAUAAAUGCGAACGUGAUCACCUUAAUUGUGAGCUGCUCGCCCCGGGAUGCUUGAAUUCUUCAAUUUUUAUUUUGUUAAAACUCAAAGACUUUCGGCCGCGUUCCUUUGCAUCACUUUCGUCGUGCGGUAAAACAGUCUCUGUCGGAGAAUGUGACUUUCAUCGACGAUUUUCCUUUUUUCUGCCAGGUCUUAUGCUUGAGAUUUACUGUAUAAUGGAGAUCAUUCCGCAUUCCGCGGUUUCGAAGCUCGUAAUAAAGCACGUCUUUCUCAAUUGGGGCGAAGCUUUCAAGAAA